GAACCUGAAUGCUGGUGUCGAGACAGGAUGAGUGACAACACUGUAUCUUCUGAGGGUGCAGAGAGUGGGAAGAAUGAACAUGUCCGCCACUGGCUACAUAGUAGUCCCACUGCCCCACAGGAGUAUAAUGAGGAAGUUGCAGGGUCAAGUCUUCUCUGCCCUGGUAAACAGGGCUUGGUGGCCCAGGAGGAGAGAGCAGAGUCACCUAGCUGUCUGUCAAUGAAGAGUGAUCACUCAAUGGGUCAGCCAAUCGACUUCCACCGAGGACAUGGCACAAGAGACAAAAGGGAGGGUGCAGAGUCACCUACAUCCAGCUGUGUGUCAAUGAGGAGUGACCGCUCAAUGGAUCCACCUAUAAACUACAAGAGAGAGUUUAUUCCCAAUCGCAGGGAGGGAGCAGACUCACCUACACCCAGCUAUCUGUCAAUGAAGAGUGACCAGUCAUCUUCAAGGAUGAUGACAUCAGACACAACACAACUGUCCAUUGGUGGAGUGCAUGCAACAAUGCUUACAGAACAUCAUGGCAUGAACAGAGUCAGCGACCUCAGAGAAUUCCCACAGAGAAUCGAAGACUGGACAAAGGAGCAUGUGAAAGAGUGGCUAACUAGUAGCCUCAAACUCCCUGAGGUCGCAACAAAACUUUAUGAACAGGAUGUGUCAGGAGCUAGCCUGGUUUGCAUUGAGAAACAGGACUUGACUGAUUUAGGUGUUAAGUUUGGGCCUGCGAUUCAAAUCAUAAAAAAUGUAGAGAUACUGAGAAACUACUUGGAGAGUGUAGGGAGAAGCAUGAGAUCCCCUGAGAGUGACCCUUUCAGAAGACAGGCGAGAUUUAGAUUUAGAGCCAUACCAGAAGCUAGGAUGGGGUCACAUGAGGAAACUCUGGAUUCUGACAGUGUGAAAUCGGAGUCGGUGGCUCCAAGCCUAAGCUCUUCAUGGACAUCAGUGGAAGAACUGAGACAUUCCGAUUCAGAUGUUGCAUCCCCCAUUCAACUGCCAAUGGGAGA